UCGAGCGACCGUUCACCUCGUGUCGCGUACCUAUUUAGUUUCAAUUGCGUUGUUGGUUUUCGACGACCGUGUCCACCCUGCUGGUUUUUCGCGGUUGUUAUUGUCGCCGACGUUGUGCCGACUCUCAUCGAUCCGUCACCAAUUGCGUCGAGUAUUAUGAUUGGGUCUCGCGUGUUCGCCUCGCAAUACACGUCUGUGGUUGUUCGCUGUGGUUUUGGUCAGUCUAUCGACAGAGACCUGAGCCCGAGGCACUGCAAUCCACGGCAUAUUAGGCGAGUAGGUAUCGUGUGUGUAAUUCGUCGCCCACCGUCGAAGUUAGCGUUUCCGCGUAUCUCGUGCGACGCCGUUCAUAUCGCUAGGAUUACGUAACAUGGCGCGUUACGUAAUCCGGUCCUUCACCGUCGUCCAGCGCCGUCGCCGCCGAUAGUCACCCACCGCCGCUCCCCGUUCACCAGCGUAUCGAUAUCGUCGCUGCAGCUGUUGCAGUCACCGCCGCCGCCGAUACACCACCCCACCACCCACCGCGGCGCAUGUGCCGACACAAUUCCACUACAACAAAGUGUCAGUGCUUCCGAGCGGUGAUCGUCCGUCAUCACUCAUCAGUAACCUCUGCCGUAAUUUUAGUGUAGCAAGUACCUAGUCAGAAAUCGGAAUCAGCCACUACAAGUCAAAUUGCAUUUUUCUUCGUUGUCACCAUCAGAGCAACGGAAAAGGAGACGACCGGGUAUCCACACGAGGACAAAUAUUCAUUAUAUCCAUGGCGCCGGUUUCUAGAACAAGUAAUGCAUCGAAGCCAACAGUUUGUCAACCCAUACGCAAAAAUGUGAUGGUAGAGCUGAAUUUAAUGCAUAACAAAGCAUGUAUGGUGUGUGGACGUAAGGAGAUAAGUGAACAGCUAUAUGGCCCACUAUUCAAAUUGGAUGAUGUUGUUAUUCAUCAUUUUUGUAUUCUAUUAUCAUCAAGGUCCAUUCAAAAUGGUGCAGACAAUGAUGGAAUAUAUAGAUUUUUAUUAAAAGACAUAAGAGCUGAACUGUCUCGAGCAUCUAAGCAAAAUUGCUUUUAUUGCAAGAAAAAAGGCGCUUCCAUAUUAUGCUGUGGAGGAAAAUGUCGAAAAGUGUUUCAUCUUCCUUGUGGAUUGAAAAAUGGGUCUAUGCAUCAAUAUUUUCAGUCAUUUAAAUCGUUUUGCCAACAACAUCGUAUUCAGCAAACUAUUGAUUUAUCGGAGUUAAAAAAGUCUACUUCUCCUCAAUGUGCUAUUUGUAAAAAUGAUGUUAUACGGUCUUCGGUACCAACUUCUAUUUGGGCACCGUGUUGCAAAGACCAAAAUUUCAACAUGUCCCAAGAUUGUUCAAUUUGUUUAGGUGACAUUGACAACAAAAGUUAUACAAAUGCGUGUAAACAUUUGUUUUGUUAUACAUGUUUACAACAGUGGUCAAAAGAAUGUUUAUUAUUACGCCCAAAUUCUGAACCCACUUGUCCAAUAUGUAGAAAGAAUUUUAUGCAUAUCUACCAUUAUUUUGAUGACUUAGACAUUCAUAAAAGCACAUAUACCAUUCCAGGAAUAAACCAUGACAGUUUACCAUCUUCAAUACGUAGAACUAUAAGUGUACGAAACUUUAGUGCUAUGUUAAAUGGUAAUAGAUAUGAACCAGAGGAAGAAAUCUACCGCUGUUCCAUUCGUCGAUAUUUCGAUAAUAUAGAGCAAUGGGGUAUAUACAAUGAUUUACACAAAGAAAUCUGA